GAUGCACUAUGUUUAGAAGAGCUGAUGAUUUGCGUGGGCCUCCUGGUGUCCUCUGGAUUCCCUGUAGAUGUUUCACAAUUGAUCUACCUCCUGGAAAGAAAACGUAUUUAUAGGGCGGGCGAAGCAAAAUGAGCGCGCAGUGAGCCGGCCCAGCCUCUCUCGCAGCCGUCCCCGACGCCCACCAUGAACCCCUUGGAGGGGGCCGCGGAGGUGGAGGUGACCGACGAGGCGGCAGGCGGGGAGGUGAACGAGUCGGUGGAGGCCGACCUGGAGCGCCCCGAGGUGGAGGAGGAGCAGCAGCAGCAGCAGCACCAUGCGGGCCGGCCCCCGCGCGCGCUCGCCGUCGAGGACCCCCGCGCCCAGCCCGCGCCGCCGGAGGAAGAGGAGCGCGGGGAGUGCCUGGCGCGCUCGGCCAGCACGGAGAGCGGCUUCCACAACCACACGGACACGGCCGAGGGCGACGUGAUCGCAGCGGCGCGCGACGGCGACGACCCGGAGCGCACGCAGGACCCCGAGGACGAGAGCGCGUACGCCGUGCAGUACCGGCCCGAGGCCGAGGAGUACACGGAGCAGGCGGAGGCCGAGCACGCCGAGGCCACGCACCGCCUCGCGCUGCCCAACCACCUGCACUUCCACUCGCUGGAGCAGGAGGAGGCCAUGACCGCGGCCUACUCGGGCUACGUGUACACGCACCGGCUGUUCCACCGCGGCGAGGACGAGCCCUACGCCGAGCCCUACGCCGACUACGGCGGCCUCCAGGAGCACGUGUACGAGGAGAUCGGGGACGCGCCCGAGCUGGACGCGCGCGACGGGCUGCGGCUGUACGAGCAGGAGCGCGACGAGGAGGCCGCGUACCGCCAGGAGGCCCUGGGCGCGCGGCUGCACCACUACGACGAGCGCUCGGACGGCGAGUCCGACAGCCCCGAAAAGGAGGCCGAGUUCGCUCCCUACCCGCGGAUGGACAGCUACGAGCAGGAGGAGGACAUCGACCAGAUCGUGGCCGAGGUCAAGCAGAGCAUGAGCUCGCAGAGCCUCGACAAGGCGGCCGAGGACAUGCCGGAGGCCGAGCAGGACCUGGAGCGCGCCCCCACCCCCGGCGGAGGCCACCCCGAUAGCCCCGGGCCGCCGGCCCCUGCUGGGCAGCAGCGGGCGGCGGGCACCGUGGUGGGCGAGGCGGUGCAGCGGUACAGCAAGGAGAAGAGGGAUGCCAUCUCGCUGGCCAUCAAGGAUAUUAAGGAGGCCAUCGAGGAGGUGAAAACCAGGACCAUCCGUUCGCCUUACACCCCCGACGAGCCCAAAGAGCCCAUCUGGGUCAUGCGCCAGGACAUCAGCCCCACCAGAGAUUGCGAUGACCAGAGGCCCGGAGAUGGAGACUCUCCCUCUCCGGGCAGCUCCUCGCCCCUGGGCGCAAAGUCUUCAAGCACACCCCUUCAUCCCAGUGACCCCGCGGAAGGUUCCGCAAACAAAGAGUCAAGAAAAAGCUUGGCUUCGUUCCCAACCUACGUUGAAGUUCCCGGACCUUGUGACCCUGAAGACUUAAUUGAUGGAAUCAUUUUUGCUGCCAAUUACCUUGGCUCUACCCAGCUGCUCUCCGACAAAACUCCCUCCAAAAACGUGCGCAUGAUGCAGGCCCAGGAAGCGGUGAGCAGGAUCAAGAUGGCCCAGAAAUUAGCCAAAAGCAGGAAGAAGGCUCCGGAAGGCGAGUCUCAGCCAAUGACCGAAGUGGAUCUCUUCAUUUCUACGCAGAGAAUCAAAGUAUUGAACGCUGACACACAGGAGACGAUGAUGGACCACCCUCUGAGGACCAUUUCCUACAUCGCAGACAUCGGGAACAUCGUCGUGCUGAUGGCCCGCAGGCGGAUGCCACGCUCCAACUCCCAGGAGAACGUGGAGGCCUCGCACCCGUCCCAGGAUGGGAAAAGGCAGUACAAGAUGAUCUGCCACGUCUUCGAAUCUGAGGACGCCCAGCUGAUCGCACAGUCCAUAGGGCAGGCGUUCAGCGUGGCUUACCAGGAAUUCCUCAGGGCCAACGGGAUUAACCCUGAGGACCUCAGCCAGAAGGAGUACAGUGACCUGCUCAACACCCAGGACAUGUACAACGACGACCUGAUCCACUUCUCCAAGUCGGAAAACUGCAAAGAUGUCUUCAUAGAGAAGCAGAAAGGAGAGAUCCUGGGUGUGGUGAUCGUGGAGUCCGGCUGGGGCUCCAUCCUGCCGACCGUGAUCAUAGCCAACAUGAUGCAUGGCGGGCCCGCUGAGAAGUCGGGGAAGCUGAAUAUCGGGGACCAGAUCAUGUCCAUCAACGGCACCAGCCUGGUGGGCCUGCCUCUGUCCACCUGCCAGAGCAUCAUUAAGGGCCUGAAGAACCAGGCCCGGGUGAAGCUGAACAUUGUGAGGUGCCCGCCGGUGACCACCGUGCUGAUCCGGAGGCCGGACCUUCGCUACCAGCUGGGUUUCAGUGUCCAGAACGGAAUUAUCUGCAGCCUCAUGCGAGGGGGAAUAGCCGAGAGGGGAGGCGUCCGCGUGGGGCACCGGAUCAUCGAGAUCAACGGGCAGAGCGUGGUCGCCACCCCGCAUGAGAAGAUCGUCCACAUCCUCUCCAACGCUGUGGGGGAGAUUCACAUGAAGACGAUGCCGGCUGCCAUGUACAGACUGCUGACGGCCCAGGAGCAGCCCGUGUACAUCUGAGGCCGCGCCCACCGCCCGGCGCUUGCAUGGAGGACUCUCCUCGCUUGUGGUUGUGUUUCUCGUGCUGCAUCUGUGUGCCCACUGAGACUUCCCCUCGUGCCCAGCGUUCGGUCUACACAGGAAGGAAGGAAUCCGUCAAGACUUUGCUCUCUGUCUCUCUCCUGUUUACUUUUUUUUUUUUUUUAAUACCAGGGAAGUUUUGUAUGCACUCCCCUGAGGAUGGAGAGCAGCCAGUAUCCACCUGGUAUCUGCCCAGGACUGGACUGUCCUGAGGGCCCUCGGGGGCUGGCACCGCCCAAGGGGGAAUGCUCCCUUCCCAAGAGGGGCCGGCCUCUUAGAGGAGCUCGGAGGACAGCAAGCAGCUGACUCAGCAGUGCCUACAAGCCCAUCACUGACCUCUGCUCUCCUCGAGUAAGUGUGUGGGAAUACAGUGGUGACAGACCAGCCCACCAUGUACGUGGGGCACCGUACAUUAUUUCUGCCCAGAAUUUCUGAGCCGACCUAAGGCUCCUUUUAUAGUUCCAAUUUCAACACAAUUGUUUUCUAAUAGGAGCCCCUCCCCCAAGGAUGUCACCAUGUGUUGGCAAUUCCUGGGACAUCAUAGCUUCUGGGUUGUCUUGAGGUUACACACUGUUAGAUGAACGUGGGCAGGUGCUGCCUGCCUCCAUCCAUGUCACCCACCUGUAUGUACACACAGUCUCACAUAUAUAUCACCCUUCCCUCCUCCCCUCCACCCAGGAGGCACACGGAGCCCCUGGAGAACCCCCAUUACCUCUGUGUGAGCCCCCCUCCCCUGGCUGCUGAGACCCUGGGCUGGUCAGCUCUGUCCUAGGAGAGAUGCCCUUCUGUGGCUCAGGCCCAGCCCUGCCAGCACCAUCUGGGCUCAGUGUUCUGGUGGCUCCCCUUCCCCGCUCACACACACACACACACACACACACACACACACACACAGGGAGCCUGGGAAGGCAGGACUGCUCACCUGGAAGACGGGGAUGCAGGUGCGUUUGUGUGACAUUUGCUCCUCUGCUCAGAGCCACUAGGCAGUAUUCGACCUGUGAACAGCCAGGAGAGCACAUAAACCACAGAACUAAGGGGACAAUCAUGACCUCAAGCUAUGCCCGAGUCCCCAGCGUGCUCCCGAAGCUUCCCUUGCUGCCUCGUGGGUCUGAGCGUUUAAUCGGUGUGGAGUGUUACGUGUUUUUUUUAAUCAGGUGCCUCAUGUGUAUGAGUCCCAUCUCAGUUCGGUGAAAAUAUUUUAGUAAUUUUAUUCUGAGCCAGUUUUUAUUCUUUGGUCCAAAGAGCAUUUUGUUUUCAUGUGGAUGGGGUGUGGCUUGGUUUUUGUUGUGUUUUGUUCAUGACCUCCGCAGAGACGGGGAAGAGAGAAACUAAUAUAUUUUGUAAUAUUAAUAUAGUCCCUGUUCUCUGCACGUGGGAUAUUUAUGUUGUGUUUGUGGGAGCAGGAAGUCGGUGAGCACAUGCUGGGUAGUAUGUAUUUAUAGAUCGAAUGUGGAGGGGUUUCGGGGAGGGAGAAGAGCGAAUAUAAAGAUGAGGAGCAGGAGACUUGGACCAGACAGCUGUGUUCCGUCUGUUCUCUGGGGAUCUCUGUACCUUCUGAGUUUUCUGCCUCGAGUCAGGAAAGCCAAAUGUUUCAAAGCCAUCAGUGGCGAUGGCUCGCUCGGUGUGUGGUCAGAGCGCUGGGGAGGAGGGGCGGCGCCUCCUCCAGGGGAGCCGGUGGGCAGUCAGGAACCCUGGGUCCCGGUUCCCACUUUCCAACUGUAGAGUGGCUGGUGCUGUAAUGAAAUACUACAGAGUCACAGUUCAACGUCCUCUGCCAGAAAGAGUCGUGAAACAUGAAUGCAGCGGCAUGGGUGGCAUUUCAGGCCUCAGGAGCCUGGGGAAUCCUCGGAGGGCUCCCCUGUCUGCCCCCAGGGUGACCGCGGGGCCACCUGCCCAAGCGCCUGUUCGGAAGCCGCCGAGAUGGGCCAGGGAUGGAAACUCCGCUAGCUUGUCCCUCUGCAGCCUCCCAGUAAUUACAGUGGCGUGUCUUCACCCAAAGAGGGAGAAGAGAGAACCCCCUUUCUGUGCUACUGCACGGAAAACUUAGGAAGUUUGCCAGGGGCUGGAAAAGGCAACUUGAUAAGCUCGCCUAGAGGAGUGACAUGGCCUUGCCUACAAGGAGGAUCGUUCCCUACCACCCUCCUUCCUGCUAAGAGUGGCCCCGCACACACAGCAAGCGCAUGUGUAUGAGCUCGGCACAUGGUCACCCACCGAGGGAGGAAGUGCAGCUCCCUUUGGUUCACCAGGAGGCAGGACCCUACAUGUUAGUAGCUUUGGUUUUGGAAGCCCCGUGGGAAGUGGUGGUCAGUGUCCCCUGACAUUCCAGUAUGAACAGUUGUACAUGUGAACAUCUGGAUACCCAUGUGAUGGGCAAGACCACGUACCGAGCAUCCCAAACAUGGCCUGGGCGCAGAGCCGCUCGGUGAGGCAUGCUGAUGACUCCCAGCUCCCCCACUACCCCCGCCCCUGUGCUCCCUUCCUGGUCCAGCCAGCAUGCACCGGUACCCACCCCACUCGCCUUCUCAGAUGCGAACAUUUCAGGGAGCCACCAUCAGCCUCGGGUUCCCAAGUGGAGGAAACCCCCAAGAUCGAUGCCUGGAGUCCCCUCCCCUCACUGGAGCAGGCUCUGCUGGGCCUGGGGCCCCCAGGGGGCUGGACUCCGAGGCCCUGCAGACGGCUCUGCUUCGUGAACAUGACCCAUGCACACCGGCCUCUGAGGGUCCCAGAGUAACCUACUACCUCCCCCAUGGCUCCCGUCACCCCCACGCCCCAUCCGCACACUGAGGACACCAUCCACGAGCCAGGGGUGUGGCUGUCACCAAUGUUUACAACCAAGGGCCACCUCCCCAUGCACCUGUUCACUCUCCCACUCACAUGCCACUUGUUUUGCGAUUAUCUGUCUGCUCCUUUCCUGGUUUGGCCGACCUACACACACACACACACACACACACACACCCUCAAGGCAGCGCAGAAGGAGGUGUGGGAAGGAGGUUUUGUGUACAUACCCAGCACAGCCCCUUCCAGGACGAACCUGUACUAUUGUUCUGUAAAGAGGGUAAAAUAGAGCUUAUUGUAAAGCAGUGGGAGAAUAUAGUAUUGUAUUUGUACCGAUAUUGUUCUUUGUAUACACAGAACCCAAUGAUCUCUAUAUAUAAAUAUAAAUAAAUAUAUAAAUAAAGUAUAUAUACACGUGAGCCUGGAAUGUGGACGCCGCACACCCACUGAAUGUACUUCCUCCGACAGUCUGGUCACUGGGGCCCGCCCGCCCUCCCCUCCUCCGUGGUGUGUUGGGGGUUGUGAUGUAUUUAAUGUGGUCUCUUCCUUUAUUUAACUGAACGCUAAUGUCUGUAAGAGUUGCUGCAACAAUAAACAGGAACUUCACCUCUUG